UCGAUCCCAAUCACGGCCCAAAAGCGCCAGGCAUCAUGUGUGGUGUCGAAAGUGAACGCUCUAAAGCCACGUGACGAUGCCAUCAGUGGCGCAUUCGCCCCGUCGAGUCUCGAAUCGCAUCUUGAAAAAGACCACCUCGCAUCCCUGGCAUCAUCGCCAAAAGGGGUACCCGCAUGCACAUCUCCCAAUCGGAUCCCCUUAGUUUUCUUUCAACACUUGACGGGUUUGUCGCGUCUAGAGGCCUUCAUCAGCCAUGUCGCAAAGAUUCGGCACCUCGUCUCUCCAUCAGCGCGAUCCGCGAUCACAACUCUUUGCGGGUUACACGGGCGAUCGCCACUCAUCACCGCGAGCGACACCGUCUCCAAGCAGUGGCGGGUACGGCUACCCCAGCGGUUCAUACAACAAUGGCCCCUCGUUGGGAGUGAACGAUCCCAGCAGAGGCGGCUUCCGCCCCGCAACACCAAACAAGAAGGGGCAGUACAGCGAUGCAGUGCUCAACGAACUGGAAAGCCAGAACGACUCGCAGGUGGCUGGCAUACUGGGCAAGGUGCGGGUGUUGAAAGAUAUGACGAGUGCCAUUGGCGAGGAGAUUCGCGAUAGCUCAGCUCUGGCGGACAAGAUGAACGACACCUUUGAUUCGACACGCAUACGACUACGAGGAACGAUGAACAGGAUGCUGAUCAUGGCGCAACGGAGCGGGAUACCGUGGAAGGUCUGGCUGGGGUUCUUCGCCAUGGUGAUUCUCAUUUUCAUGUACGUCUGGCUGUUCUAGUCGUGGACACAGCGGGUGGUUACUUGGUGCAUUGCUGGCCGGCGUUUGACUGACACACACUUACUCCUCUUGGGCGGUUCUCUGCUUGAGAAAUACACGGAUCACUGCGGGCGGAAGACCACAAACAUACUAUCCUAAUAAUGCAUAUACGCCGAGCU